CUACUGAGUACUCCUAGAAGCAUUGACAAUGGCCCUGAAAAGCACUUUCACGCCGAAAGCGUCACUAACAGAGGCUUCUACCAACCUGAAGGAGGCCAUUGACUGGGUCCUAAGGGUAACUGGUAGGGAUGGAAAGGCACUGAGUGGUGAUGAAUGCAUAUGUGGCCUGGCGGCAGCAGUGACUGACCUACUGCAGUCAGUACAACUGGAGUACAAUGGUGAGUACCUAGUAGUGGAUACCUCAUGGUGUCCUUUAGGCUAUCAAGGCGAAGCUACGGGAAAAGGCCCCCCAAAAGAGAAAGUCAAAGGCCACCUUAAUGAGCUAUUCUCCCUGGUACAGGGACUAGGUGGUACCGCAGUGGUCCGGACCUAUAUAGAUCAGUUGGCACAGGUACUCAGUGCACUCGUUGGGUGGAGUAGGAUAGAGAAGUGUUGGGACAGUAAGGGCAAGUGCAAGGUUGGUACCCAUGGAUAUCAACAUGGCAUUAAAAAGGAAUGCGAGUAUCUCAAGGAUGUGACACCGAACGAUCCAUGCAAGGAUUGUGGAUGUAUGAAAUGGAAAGUGGACAAUGCGGACAACGAAGGAACACCGCUGGGCAGGAAGUGUACAAGGUGUAGUGGUAGUGAAGAAGAGGUGAAGAAGCAGCAGGAGUGUAAAUGCGAUACUGGUGAAGAGGGCUGUGCUGCUGGCCAGGAGUGUAAAUGUGCUAAAGCAGGUAAAUGCUGCAAGUGUUAUUGUAAGGAUAAGUGUAAUAAUGGGUGUGCUGGAGAAAAGGCUAAGUGUAUCUGUGUUGAAGAGGAGCAAAGCUAUAGGUCGGCAUACCGAGGGAGAUACAGGUCUGAUUCAUACGUAGGAGGAACAAUCACUGCAUACCGAGAAUGUAUGUGGAAUUCACCGACAAAUACUACUUCUCGUCACCGAUGUGCCCAAAUUUUACUAGGGUCAGUAUGUCUCAUCUGGAGCGGACUUACUUAUAUGUAUUGGACAGGAAAGUGGGCCAAGGGUAGUCCCCGCUGGAAUAACCACAUCCUGGACGGCAGUGGUCUAGAUGAUGGCACACUAUCCCAAUGGCUACAGGCCCUAGGGUUUCCUAGGGAUAUGAUUAAUAAUAGUGGUCCUAGAAAUAGGUGGGAUGCAGUUAUAUGGGAUGGGUUUAGGGGUAUGUUAUAUUUGGGAUUCCCGGAUACUGGUGACUGGAAGGACAUUAGUGUACAUGGCAAUGACCAACAUGAUAAUACAUUCAGACAACCAGCUGGUAUGAACUAUGCUGGAUAUAUACAUACCGUAGACAGGGGUGCAUUUUGCAGCAACGCUACCGUCUUCAAGAAAGCUAAUGGCAAUGGCGCCACAAUUACUGACGAACAGAUGCACAAAUGUGGUGCCUUGUACAAGCUCUAUAUUCUAUCAUGUGCCUAUUUCACCGGGUUACAGAAAAAGCGUAGUACCCAGAGCAAUACUCCUACGACUCCUAGGACAAUUCGGGAGAUCCUCUACUGGCUAAGUGCACUGCCCUAUAGUCAGGCAUACCCAAAGACACUGGAGCAUUCCAAGGAAGUAUUGAAGAAGGUAGCACCAGAAAAGGAUGGUACUAAAACGCUCUCAUUCCUUCAAACAGGCCGUACCCAUCCCAUUACGGUCCAUGAAUUCAACCUUUUUGCCCACUUCCAAGCAGUGACUCAGUACUGCCCCCUGGUCCUCAUAGGUAUCCAGGGUGGAUUACACAGUCCUAAAGACACUGACAGCACUAAAGAACCUGCCAUUCACUCCCUGUAUGCCAACACUGAAUGCAACUUCACCUACCCAGCAGUGCCCAUCCAAGCAUACAACCAGGUGGUACACUACAUUAGGGCCCUGUUCUACCAGCUGUACUUCCUUAGGAAGCAAUGUGCUGUGAAAGUGACUUGUGGAGGGAAGUGGCGUGAGUGUAGGUAUGGCCAGGGGAUUGUCUCUAAGGGGGUAAUUAGCUGGAUGUGCCUGGGGUGUGACCCCAUGGAACAUGAUAGGAAAAAGAGGGUGGGGAAAGUGGGUGAGAUAUCGGAUGCACUAGUCAAGAAGGUAGAAGCAUCAGGGGGAGACGGGGAUGAUGGAAAGGAGCUAAAGGAUUUACUAGAGAAGAUUGGUGAAGUAGUGGUACAAUUGGGUAAUGCCCAGGAGGCAUUGGAAGGGAAGGCUGAGAGUAAAGUGAUAGAGGGGGUGAAGGUGGCACUAACAAAGGCUAAGACAGAACUAGAGGGGGUAGUAGAUGAGAAUGCGAAUAAUGAACUAAAGGAGAAAAUAAAGGAGCUGACGAAUGGUAGUGGUGGUGGUAAGGGAAAUCUGCUAGGGGAGGUAGAGGGAGCACUAGAGAAUGCGAAGAAUAUUGAAAAGGAAAGAGAUUACAGUAAUGCCAAGGACAAAAUAAGUGCUGCUAUCCAUAAGGUACUGGAAGUAUUAAAGAUAUUGACGAAGUUGGCAAAACAAUACGAAGAGGAACUGAAAGACAAAAUGAAGGGCAACGAACCGACGAACAACAAAAUUGAGCUUAUUUCAUUCAUCAAGGAGCUCAAAGAAUUUCUCAAUAUCAUAGACGACAUGUUUGACAUUGUGGGUAGCACUAGGUGUGUUCACUGCAGAGACCACUCCACCAAGUGUGGCAAAGAGCCAGUGUCCAAGUACUGUAACACCUGCCACCAACAAUACAUGGACGGUACACCAUCCCCCCUCCAGGCAUUCCUCGAGGAUCGGUUACCAGGUUUUAGUUGUGAUGUAGUACGAGACAUAGAGGACCCGGACAAGUACCCACCUGCUGCAGAUCACUCCCAACACUGCGGUGGUUCCGGCCAGUGCUGCCCAUUGCCAAUGGGCUUCAGAGGUCAAUUCUAUAGUGGCAGCAUCCGUGAUUGUACCGGCCAACGCCUUUAUGGCAUCCUGUACUUCUUUAGUAACGAGAACAUGAUGCAGUCGUGUGUUUAUACAUUGGUGAGAGUUACAGCAGCUCUCAGUGCUACCACACCACAGGUAUUGGGUGAUGUCUUUGGGUUCUUUAGGGGUGGUGUAGGAGAGAAGGAAAGGGGGAAGACACCAGAGGGGAGUGAUGGGACUCCAUGCAAUCACGAUGGAAAUCCAAGUGGAUCUUAUGAGGAGAACAAGACUAAGUACUUUUGCGGCUGGUGCGCCUCCGGAUUACGGGAAGAGGUAAAGAAGAUAGAGUGGAUACCAAAGGGAGGAGACAGUGAUAAAGGAGGGGAGUACAGGAAGACUGUCGGUACGGCAUUGAUAGAGAUUAAGGGAGACAAAGGGGAAGUUGUUGCCUCUUCACAGUCCAAUCCUACUACCACCACCACUAGUAACCUCUCAACCCUCACUACUCCAUUCCUCUCCCCCCUAACCGGUGAACUCUAUACCGCAGUGAGUGCCACUUUCGGUGGAACAUACCUCUCAUGGGUACUAUAUCUAUCAGAUGCACUUCAAUGGGGACUAGAAUCACUGGCUAGUGAGUUCAAGGAAAUUGAAUGCCGGGGCUGUAGAGACUGUGACCCCAAUAAGUGCAAGAAGGGAGCCCAUGGUGACAAUGGUGACGCACAGUGUAGAUGCCAAUCAAUCGUAUCAUGUACCGGGGUACUGCCAGUAUUGUAUAGACAUGGGUUCAGCUAUGGCAACCCAUUCAAUCUGGAGGGGUUCAAGCAGGAGAAGAAGGAUGAAGGAGAUUAUAGUAUUACAGACAAGCAGGAAGGCAGCACUAAGAAGUGUCAUCAAUUCUUGGACAGUCUCAGUGCAGUGAUUGACAUGAACAAGCAGGACCAGGAACAACACCCCCUCACCAAUCUACUCACCCAGGUCGGCAAGCUCCAAUACGACAUACGGCUCCCCUGGAUAUUUGUGCUGACCCUAGCCUGGCUAGUAGCGGUACUCUACCUUGCCUUUGGUGCCAUAUGGCCACUGGACUGGACACAUAUGAGGUCACACUGGUUACGGGGUGGUGAACACCAGUGGCAAUGUAUGUGGUAUAAGGUGAUGACGGGACGCAAAGGAAUGGAACUGGUAGAGUAUUUUGGUAAGACAUAGUGGCGCCUUCGGCGCAACGGUGCUAAAUGAUAUAC